CCAGAUUUGAUCGAGGAAACGCUGGUAUGGCAGAUUGCACGACGCUAAGGUGACGGUCAGGUGUGAAUAGUUGUUAAAUUAACCCUCAGGACAUGCCAUAGUUUGUGUCAGGAUCCUCUGAGCUCUGUGGUCUUUGUUUCUGGAUAAAAUGGCGAUGUUACUGCCAUCACCUGCACUCCUGGCCCUUGUUUUCCUCACAGCACAAGUGACACCCUCUACAGGAAGCUAUAAAUGUGUUGCCAGAGACUUUGGGCAUGACUCUGUGGUCUGUGAGUGUAACUCAACUUACUGUGACAGUGUUGGGUCGGCCAGGUUGCCUGGUCUAGGUCGCUACUCCUCCUACCUGACCACGAAGGCCGGCAGCAGACUGGAGGCCGGCUGGGGUCGUGUCAAGGAGAACGGCAGCGGGGCAGGCCUCAAGUUGAGUAUUGUUGCAUACCAGAAGUACCAGAAGAUCAGAGGGUUCGGUGGAGCCAUGACAGACGCUGCAGCCAUCAACAUCCUGUCUCUUUCUGCUGAUGCUCAGGACCGGCUGCUGGAAGAGUACUUCUCCAAAAUAGGUAUCGGCUACAACGUGGUGCGUGUGCCCAUGGCCAGCUGCGACUUCUCCACCCGUCUGUACACGUACGCCGACACACCUGGAGACUACAACCUCGACAAUUUCACACUGGCACCUGAGGACGUCAACAUGAAGAUCCCUCUCCUUCAGCGUGCUCAGGCAUUGUCUCCUCGCCCUCUGUCUCUGCUGGCCAGCGCCUGGAGCGCCCCUGCCUGGAUGAAAACUAACGGUGCUCUCAUAGGAAAGGGCUCCCUGAAAGGUCAGCCUGGGGGCAAGGAGCACAAAACCUGGGCUCAGUACUACAUCAGGUUCCUAGAGGAAUACGCUAAAUAUAACUUGACCUUCUGGGCUUUGACCACUGGGAAUGAGCCCUCUGCAGGGCAGAUGGCAAACUACAGUUUCCAGGCUCUUGGCUUCACUCCUGAGGAGCAGAGGGACUGGGUGGCUCUGGACCUGGGCCCUGCCCUGCACGCUUCUUCACACCCACGCACACACGUCCUCAUCCUGGAUGACAACCGCCUGCUGCUGCCGCACUGGGCCAAAGUGGUCCUAAAUGAUGUUCAUGCAGGAAGGUACAUUCAUGGCGUGGCAGUUCACUGGUACUUGGACAGCCUCGUCCCAGCUGAGUUGAGCCUGGGAGUCACUCAUCACCUGUACCCAGAGUAUUACCUGUUUGGCACGGAGGCCUGCUCGGGCUGGAGCCCACUUGACCGCGGGGUGAAGCUGGGCAGCUGGGACAGAGCCGAGCAGUACGCACAUGACAUCAUAGAGGACUUAAAUAAUUAUGUGGUGGGUUGGACUGACUGGAACCUGGCGCUGGAUCAGACUGGUGGGCCAAACUGGGUUAAAAACUUUGUGGACAGUCCUAUUAUAGUGGAUGCCAAGCGUGAUGUCUUCUACAAGCAGCCGAACUUCUACAGCAUGGCCCACUUCAGUAAGUUCCUGUGGGAGGGGUCUCAGAGAGUGGGUGUGUCCGCCAAUCAGGAAACACAGCUGGAAUAUUCUGCCUUCAUCAGACCAGACGGCUCAAUGGUGCUCAUUGUACUCAACAGGUCAUCAACAGUGAUCCAGUUUGACGUCGAGGAUCCCGCUGUGGGCUACAUCACCUCCACCGCUCCGGCUCAUUCGGUGCUCACACUCGCCUGGAACACGUAGUGAUCAUUCAGGUUUACGUUCAUUUGUUCCACCUAUUAUUAAUUCUGUGCACAUUUCAAAAUGCCACAAAAAAUAAGCGUUUUGCAAGGGAACCGUCUCAUCACUGAAACAGUUUUACUUUGAGUGCUACGUUGGUAUCAAGCCUGUCAUGUGCACUUUUUCAAAGUAUUUAUUGUGCACUGCUUUAGUGAUAUCAGUAAUCACUUGAAUUAACCUCAGCAAACAAGAAUAACCUCAACUCUUUGAUUUUCAUCCAGAAGCCUAAUUUAUUUUAUGCGCCAGUUAUCAGUAAUGGCACUAAAAUAAAUGAAUGUAUCACUUUACCAGAAUGACCCGUGCCGAAGCGUAACUGAUGCCUUGAUUUCCACCUAAUACAAUGCUUUAAGUGUCCUCACCAUCUCUUAAGAAAUAACUUAAUGUACAGAAAUUGUUAAUGCCUUGCUGUUGCUAUUUCAUUUUAAAUAAAGCGUUUUAAAAUAUCCCACGUUUUAAUUAUCUUUGGUGCAGACAGUAUUAAGUAUAGAAUACAAAAGAGUAUAGUGUAUAAAAUAACACUUAGAAUCAGGUUGGGAAAAAUGAAAAUUCAACCAUGCCAUUUUUUUUGUCAAUUUAUUAAUACAUCAUAGACAUUUUUUCAUAUAUAAUAUACAGUUUGAUAACCUGGUAUUUCACAUUUGUGUCUCCAUUCUCUUUUUUUUUCCUUUGCAAACCAUAAGUUGUUGACUAAAAUUAUUUACAUCAAAAAAGUGAUAAAAAAUGUGAAACAAAAGAUGGUCAUAAACUGGAAUAAAAUGACAGAGGGAUGCCUUCUGUUUAUAAUAUAUACACCAAGAGGGGUAUGUUUCAAUCUAAAAUAUAAGAUUAUGGGACGAGCUCUGUAUUUUUUUUUUUUUUAUUUCAUUCCCUUGCUGGUAUUAUUGUUUUU